CUAUGUUACCGCGCCUACGAAAUCUACGCCCCUUGCUGUUCCUGUUGGUCUUCCUCGUUGCGGUGCCGCUUCUCAUGUAUAACUUCGUUAUCUUCGAUUACCAGCGCGCACUGUCCUCGGAGCGUCAUUUUAGGGCCGCUCUGCCGCCCGCCGACUCGUGUCUAGGCAUCGACAGUCAGGAAUUCUUACGACCUGAUACUCUCCGCACGCUACAGAUACGCUGCGGGGUACAAAAUGCGUCCAAACCACCUAAAAUUACGAGGGGGUUGCGUCUCGUACACUUCAUUAACGUGGCGCUGGACGCUAUCCCGAUCUGGGACGGCGAGCUCGAGACGGACAGGGAACAGUUCACGUACUUACAGUUUGCAGCGCUGCAGUCCGUCCGACGCGUCCUCCGACCCGACACGAUGAUGAUGCACUACUUGGAGACUCCGCGCGGUGUCUGGUACACGCAAUGCCAGCGUCACUUGGGGCUACACAAGGUUCUACCCCCUGUAUCCUUCGACGCCAUGCACAAGGCUGGACCUCCGUACUUGAAUAGACAGGAGAGGCGACAUAUUGUCGAAGUAUUACUCAUGCUGCGUGCACUCAAGAAACACGGCGGCGUGGCUUUCAGUGACUUCAACACAUUCCUAUUGAGAGGGAUCGGCGUGGACAUACAGGACGAGAUCGUAGUGACUAGUCAGGCGAGAGGGAAGGAAGCGUUUAUUAUGGGACUGCAUUUGAUGCAGGCACCACCAGGACACCCAUUUAUCGAGUAUUUAGAGCAGAAAAUGAUCGAAAUGGUGGAACAGAACGACCCAAAGCUCCACCAGAUGACGCUAGGCGAAGCAGUGGGACAAAUUGUGGUCGAGAAAUAUCUGGAAGAGCAUCAGGCCGAUGGCAACAAGACGAAACCUUCGACCAUCAUGGACGGCGUCGCAGUAGCCUCUUCCAAUUUAUUUGAGUUCGACGCGCUGCACGAUUUGCUGACGGAGAAAGUAACGUCGUCACUUGCUGGUAAGCUUCGAGACGUGGCCGGUUUCCACGUAGACAAAUACGAUUUCUUAGAGAAGACAGCAGAUACAACAGAGUUGAGAGAGAUCGCGCGAUUACAGGAGGACCUUACGUUAGCAGGCGAAUGGCAGAGUCUAGAUACGCUUCUUGGCGCGGUGGUGAGACUGGCAGUGACUGCCAACACGACUGCUGAGCUGGAGCCGCUUUUCACAUAAUUAAACGAUUCAAAAAGUACUAGUGGAUUGGGUAGAUAAUAUUCACUGACUGAGGAAGCGAAUUUGGUACACCAGUAAUUACUUGGUUGACAUCGCUACAGCUCAACUGGAUUUGAAAAGCUU